CUCGCACUUUCUCUCACUAAAGGCACGCUUAGAAUCUCUCUCUCAUAUAGAGCUUCCACUUUUAUGAAUUUUGGCCGUCUCGAAUCCAUCAUUUUAUUUUAUUUUUUAUUUUCUCACAGGGAAAUAUCUGCUAAUUUGAGACCGUUUCGGUAUUGCAGCGGAGAUAAAUCGAGGACGAUUCUGAUUUAAUCGUGUUUUACAAUUUCAUUUGAUGUUUGCUUUUAAGGUGUAGUUACUCCAAAACUUUGAGAUAAAUUAGGGAAAAGGGUAUAAUCCAGUUGAGGGACAGCUUAGGAUAUAAGGAAGAGCAGAAGAGUUACAGAAAGGAUGGGAAAGAAGUCUCCGGAUGAUAGGGAAAUGAAAACAGCAAAACAGAACAAGAGAUUGAAGAGUUCAAGCGGUAAGUAUCUGAGACCAGGUACCAUUGCUCAUCUCCGGUACAAUAAAGCUUCAGCCGCCAAGCUGUGUACUGAUCUUGGGAAGGAAAGGGUUGCUGUAUUAGAUACCAAGAAACUGGCUGAUGGUAAUCUUUUGAUGGAAAAUAAGGUUAUUGAGAAAAGUCCUUUGAUGUCAUCGCCUGUGGUUUUCCAUAAGCAGAAUAGUAUGGCGUGGACACCAAAGAUACCUCGGCCUGAAGUCUUUGAGUCUGAGUCAAGGCUUGAGUCUCUUCAUAUGGAUUUACUGGUUAAAAUACUUUGUCACUUGCACCAUGACCAACUGAGGGCAGUUUUUCAUGUUUCUCAAAGGAUAAGAAAAGCUGUUUGCCUGGCAAGACAAUUUCACUUAAAUUACACAACACCUGAUCGUUCAAGGCAAGAGAUGCUGAGCAUAAUGACACCAAGGCCGACAGAACACUGGCCCUUUACGAGCAAGGGUGAAGGGAAAGGUAUUCUGAUCAAAAGUCCACACACUCCAAAAGCUCCAAGACACGGUCCACGACCACCAUCUCGUGUUAAAGUCACCGAGCUGAGGCAAAUUGCUGCAGUACUCUUUCAGGAUUCUGGAUUCCCUACCAGAUGCAUGGUACCAUCUGUUCUCCCAAAGCCAUUAUGCAAAUCUUUGGCUUCAAACCGAGUACUAUUUUACGAGGAUGAGUUAUGCCAGGCCGUUGCUCAGAAUAAGCUUCGUUGAUUUCUUCCCGGUGUUUAUAUCAUAAGCUGGAUUCCACUGUAUAUGGUUAUAUUUUGCGUUACUCUAUAGGAGAUCUUAGUCAGAUUCAGAGAGUAUGAGGUAUGCGAUUUUGUAGCUUUUCUUGGGGAGUAUAUUAGGUUAUAUGAUGUUUCAUAUGAAUCUUAUCUGCAUUAAGUGUUUGAGGAU